AUGGAUAAAUUAGUCGCCCAGUACUCGCGUCUACCUCACCAGAAUGAGUUCUACUCGGAGCAAGAACAGCAUGACCUGACAGAGAGCCUUCCUCCUCUUUCUCUGAAAUUCGCUCUUCCUCCAGUUGCAAAUUCCUCCGCAUUCCUUCGUGCCAUGACCGAUGACCACUCGAAUCCUAGCUGUCCCAUCAAGCUCGCUCACGGAACAACAACACUCGCCUUUCGAUUUCAGGGCGGAAUUAUCGUCGCGACAGAUUCGAGAGCUACCGCUGGGAACUGGAUUGCCAGUCAGACAGUCAAGAAGGUCAUUCCCGUGUCGCGGUUGAGUCGGGGUGACGACAAGAAGCAGGAUGCUCCGGUCCCCGGUCUACUGGGUACCAUGGCUGGUGGUGCUGCGGAUUGCCAAUACUGGCUGAGAUAUCUGAGUCAGCAAUGUACACUUCACGAGAUCCGGCACAAGCGUCGUAUCACCGUUGCGGCCGCAUCGAAGAUUCUCGCCAAUCUGACAUACGCUUACAAGGGAAUGGGUCUCAGCAUGGGUACAAUGCUAGCAGGCAUGACGCCUCAAGAAGGACCAGCCCUCUACUACAUCGACUCGGAUGGCACGAGACUCCCUGGAAACCUGUUCUGCGUUGGGUCCGGUCAGACCUUCGCUUACGGUGUGCUUGACGCCGAGUACCGCUACGACUUAACUGAAGAGGAGGCCCUCGAGCUUGGUCGUCGGAGCAUCCUUGCCGCCAUGCACCGUGAUGCUUACUCGGGUGGUUUCAUCAACUUGUACCAUGUCAAGGAGGAAGGCUGGGUCCACCACGGUUUCGACGAUAUGAACCCCAUUUUCUGGAAAACGAAGCUGGAAAAGGGUGAAUUCUCGAACGUUACGUCGGCCCUUUAA